ACUUCUCACACUAAUUUCAUCAUACUGAAAUCAGCGAAAGCUUGCCAAUUUGGAAGACAUGUGUGAACGGUAUCUAUUAGUCCACCUGUUGCGUCUGCUUUCUUUUUUGAGACAGGCGUGUGAAAGAGCUGCCGUCCGUUUUGGUCUCGUUCCAGAGGCCGUCGCUGCUGGCGGACACAGCGCUGCCGCUUACUACGAGAAUACUUUACGUACAGGAAAGCGUCGACCAUGUCACGUGAGAGUCUAUUUGCUGGGCCACGCACGAGUCGGCAAAACAAGCCUCUACCGCAAUCUGACGAAACAGAAAUUCCGUCACAAUGAACCGAGAACGACGGGGGCAGUGCUGUGCGACGUUAAAGCGCAUGAAGCGAACGACGAUUGGAAGGAGCUUACUGAGUCGCAGUCUAUUUUCAAUCGCGUGGUCAUCCGUCGGGUCGUUGAGCUGCUGGCUACGGUCUCUGGAAGAGAAUCCUUGGCGCUUUUUGUUGUGUUACUUGGUUUGUUGACUGUUGGAGCGGCUGUUUGUUGUUUGAUGCCAACACAACCAUUUGUAGUUACUACCAUAUUGCUGCUGGCAAUACCUUUUGUUGGGUGGGGAAUGGCAUUAUCCCUGGGAGUUGGCCUCUGGUUUACUGUGCUGUGUGCAGAGAUAUUAGCUAUAUCAUUAUCUGAUUCUUCAUUUGAUAUGGUAUGGAUUGUGGCUGGGCUGUUUGCUGUCGAGAUGAUGGGUUGUCUUACUGGGACCGUCCUAGGAGCCAAUUUUUCACUCGGGGUUUGCUUGACUUGUUGUGCGUUUGGGCUGUCACCUGGAUGUCUAGUUCAGACGGGUUGCUUUGAGAGUAAAGGCUUGAACUAUUUCGAAGCUGUUUCAAUUUACAUGGUAGGUGGAAUUGGUGGUGUCGCUUUAGCUGUGUUGGUCCCAACAGGAAGUAUUAGAUUUGAUGUCUUUCUGCUUGUUAUUCUUCCUCUGAUUACUGGUGGGUGCAUCACCAUGUCAACAUACUGUCCAGCAAUGUCAAAUAUUUGUCUUAUGUUAGUUGGUGGAUUUCUGUUUGGCAAUGGCAUUAGAUUUUGUCUUGUUUUGGGACGAUACUUAAACAUGCUGUUUGCUAAGCUGAUGGGCACAGGAGAGAAGCCAUGGUAUAUGAAAACUUGUGUGGCGUCUCUUCUUGUUGGGAUUGCUUUGGGUGUUUUGAUAGUUCAUACAGCAAGGUAUGUUAUGGUGAUGAGUUGUCCAACCUGUCCAGUAACAUUGGAAUUUCCAGGUUCUUUUCAACAACUUGUGACUCACAUCGCUGACCAGAUAGUAUAUUGUAUUCUGAAUGUUAGACAUUGGUUGAGGAACGAGCCUAUUGCAAGUUUACCAAAUGCGAAUGUGCCAGUUGAGUCAAUUGUUGAUCACAUGACUGCUAGUGAAGUCGAUGAUCUCCGCACUCCAUUACUGAAAAUGAUUGACUUUGCCGGUCAGCAUGCAUACUAUGCUAUGCAUCAUAUUUUUCUAUCAGCUCAAGGCAUUUUUAUUCUUGUGUUUGAUUUUCGAAGAGCUUCGAGUGAUUUUGAAAGACAUAUGGAAAAACUGCAUUUUUGGAUUAGCUCAGUGUUGGCCAUUGGAAAGAAUGACAAUGCACGCAUCUUCUUUGUUGGAACUCAUCGUGAUGAUUCAAAUCUUAAUUCCUCUAAGCGACAGAGAGUAGUUCGGCGAAUGUUUUCAAAAUUUAUCAACUUUCAUCCAUACAUUUGUUUUAAUCAAGAUGAACGAGAUGCUCGGCUCUCUCUUGUGUUUCAAAUUGAGAACAGCGUAUCGUCAGAUGGUCCAGCUGUGUGCUCACUUCGUAAACAGAUUAUUGAAGAAAUACGGCUAAAACAUGAAAGAAUGCAACAAAAUCCUAUUCGUUGGCUGGCAUUAGAAGAUCACAUUAUUUACCUUCGUAAUAAGGAUUUAUCAUCAGUACUUCCAUUGAGUCAACUACAGGAUGAAGCAGAGAAAUGUGAUAUUAAAGGUGAAGAGUUUAGUGAGGCUCUCGGUAAUCUCAAUGAUUCUGGAGUUGUAUUUUAUUCAAAUGAGAGCAGUCUAAAGGAUUAUGUUAUUAUUGAUCCACAAGCAUUGAUCGAUGCUCUUGUUGCACUGUUGUCUAUUCCAGCUUUUCAGAAUCGUGGCCUACACUUCUCUGUCUGGGAUCGACUGGAGAAGGAUGGGAUUGCUUCAUAUGAAUUACUUAAACAUGCUUGGAGAAAUCUUAGAGAUCCAAUUGAUAUUGUUAUCAAAUUUCUUCAAUAUUAUGGCAUUAUUUAUGAACUAACUUCUGGUCAGUCAGAACGAUAUUUUGCAGUUAUAUCUUGUUUGCCAUGCAAACUACCUUCUGAUGCUUGGAAUGAGCCAUACAAUAAAGAUGCCCAUGAGAGAGAAUGCAGGUCAAUCUACGUCAGAUUUCACCAUGUAUCUGACCCACAUCAAGCCUUUUUCUAUGUACUUUUAACUAAAGCACGUUUGCAAGCAGAGUCGGCUCAUCGUUUCAAAGUUCACUGGUCAAGGACUGGAGGUGUCUUUGCCUUUUACUUCUACACAUACGACAUUGUAGUGCCAUAUAAACUGGAAUAUAUUGAAGGAAUGUUCAAACUCACCAUCCAAAAGUGUCGCUAUUUAAUUGAAGGGACGGUUCUUCGAAAGCUAUGGGAGAUGCUCGAGGAGAUUAAAAGCAAAUUCUUUCCUUCAGUUCAAUUUGAAGUUGGUCCCGCUUGUCCUCACUGCUCUCUAUUUCAUAAAGAAAACAUGUCGCAGUCUUUACUUCUCACCAAACGUUGGGAGAGAGCUGUUAUUGAACAAGACAGUUUACAUAUUCUUCCACUGGCCACAAGUGGACAGACAGGCAACACAACUGAUUCUACCGAAGACGCAGUAAAGCAGUUUGUAAGAUGUCCAACUUUGUAUUGCAAUACUCGUGAGGUGCCAUUAACGCACAGCAACGUAGAAAGAUGGCUACAGAUCAGUCAAACUCGGCCAUUUGUGCAACGUGCAGCACAGAGAAUAUGGCAAGCCAAGAAUGCUGGUCCUCUGUAUUCUGCUGGAGGAGAAGUCGUUUCUGAUGAUGUGCUUGAACUGAUUGCUGAUCAGUUAAUGAGCAGUGAGUGGCGGCGACUGGCGCGAUGCUUGAAACUAUCAGGAAGUGACAUCAGUGAGAUAGACUACAAGAACAGGGGUGGUAAUCUGAGGGGCUGCUGUAGGGACAUAAUGAUGUUAUGGAAGAGAAGGGAACGCUCUGAUGCCCUCGGAUUUAUUUUGGUCAAAGCUCUGCACAAGGCCGACUUGCGUCAGUUGGCAGACCGAUAUAUACAGUUGUAAAACAGAUAAAUUACAGAUAGACAGUACAGAUAAACAGUAGAUAUACACACAAGUAGUCAAGUUAUAAAAUGUGGUAUAUAUCGAGGUGUUCCAUUACCAGAAGAGUUUGGCUUGUAAGAUGGCAUCAACAAGAAAACAAGGAAUG